CGUCAUAUGAAACGUCACUUCCCCCCACGACACUAGGCGUCGCAGCAUCGGAAUACAGUUUCACCAACGCGGUCAAUAUAUUUUACUAGGUUCGUUUCGUUUUUUUCCAUUUCAUCCAAUACAUCAUGUGUGCCAUGUAACUGUGGAAACCCCGGGGUCGAAACGUGUCUGAAUAAUCCCGUUUGAAGCUCCGCAAACUAUCUUAGCUUGCUAGCUGCUAACAAAAGAGACGCGGAAGUUAGCAACAACAACAACAACAACAACAGUGUUGUUAUUGUGUAUGGAAAAUGUGUAAAGUCCAAAUGCUGAGAGCGUUGGUGAACGAGCGACUGACUGCGGCUGUCGAAGAAAUAUUUGUGGUGUUGGAAAGAACGAUAGCAGAGUACGAGCAGGAACUUUCUCGAACAAAAGAGGACAACGAGCGACAACGUAAACUACUGGACGCCGUUUUCAAGCCACCGCUGGAGUCACAGAGAGCGGACGUCAGUGAGGAAGAUGUUCCCCCUGAGCGGCAGGAGUGGCGCUCCAGGGUGGAGCAGGAGGAGCCCCAGCAGCCUCACAUUAAAGAGGAAAAGGAGGAGGCUGACAUGAGCAAGUUUCCAGUGACUUGUGUGAUUGUGAAGAGCGAAGAGGAAGAAGAAGAAGCUCAGCGGUCACAGCUCGAUCAGAGUCAAAGCGAGAAGACGAGAAGAUCAGAAGCAGACAGCCUCUUAGCUCCACUAUCAGAUAGCGACGACACGUCGCGCUCUCCUGACACUGACGAAGACUCUAAAGCGGAUAUGACACAUCACACUGACAAACACUUUAAAUGCUCUCAAUGUGACAAAACCUUUGCCCACAGGAAGAAUUUGCAAAGACACAUGAGAUGUCACACGGGAGAAAAACUAAUUUCCUGCUCUUUUUGCAGCGAAAGAUUUGCUCAGAGGGAACAUUGGAUAGAGCACACAAAAAUACACGCCGGAGAGAAACCCUUUUCCUGUUCGGUUUGCGACAUGACUUUUAGAUUUCAGUCAACAUUUGUUAACCACAUGAGAACGCACACUGGCGAGAAACCGUUUACCUGCUCGGUCUGCAGCAUGAGUUUUAGCGUUCAUUCGUCUCUGUUGAGACACAUGCGGUCGCACACCGGGGAGAAACCCUUUGUGUGCUCAUUUUGUGGUAAAAAAUUCCCCAGGAAGAUGAGUUUGAAAGAACACACGAGAAUACACACUGGAGAAAAACCCUUUUCCUGCUCAGUGUGCAACGCGAGCUUUAGAUUUCAGUCCAAACUGGUGAACCACAUGAGAACGCACACCGGUGAGAGACCUUUCUCCUGCUCAGUUUGCGAGAAAACAUUCACUCAAAAGGAGCACCUGAGGAUACACAUGGUAACGCACAGCGGAGAAAAAGCAUUUUCCUGCACAGUUUGCUGUCAGAGAUUCUCAGCAAAAAGCAGUUUGGUCACACACAUGCGGACACACACUGGUGAGAAACCAUUCAGUUGCAACGUGUGCGAUGAGAAGUUCUCUUACAAGUAUCAGCUGUGCAAACACGCGUGUGCCAGCGGUGAGAGCAGCAACAGUCAAACGUAUUUUACUGCAUAGAUUUGACUUAUUUGGGCCGCCUGUGUCUUGUGUGCAUAAUUCAUGUGAACACUACGUGUGCUCUUAAAUAAAACCAAAUCUUUCAAAUGUGAUGAUCUUGUUGUCUUUUACAUCAGUUGUUCUCAACUGGUGGGUCUGGACCCUAAUGUGGGUCGCAGAGUGAGUCAAAAAUCACAUUUUAAUAUGUAAUAAACAACCAAUAUCUGACUUUGUUAUAUAACACAGUUAUAAGUGAAAUAUUGAGAUAUUUCACUUGUGGGCUUAUUUGAUGCAAUUUUGAUAUUUAAUUUGUGUGCAUGCAGGUAUCACAUUAUUCCUUACUUCUUUGACAAAAUACCUUAAUAAAUUCCUCUAA